GGGCCAUGCUGGACCACGUGACCUGAUUCCUGGUUUUAAAACUUCGGUUAUGCUUUUAAUUUACUUAGCCCAAAACAAGAAAAGAAAAGGUUCUGGUUUUAAUUUGUGAAUUUUGGGGUUACGGGAUUUUGCUUUCUAUUCACGAGCCUUUACAUCAGUACUAAAAUUCAAUACGAACCUAAUAACCCGAUGCCAAUCUAGGGGUUGAAAACGAUUUCCCUCAAUUUAAGAUUUGGCGGUAGCAAUCUUUCCCUUGGAGAGAGAGGUCCAUCUCAGAAACAAAGUGGCAAUGGAAGCUCUGCGAAAGCUGGAAGAUAUUCAAAGGAUACUGUCCUUCAUGGACGCUCAGGGCUUCUCCUCAGGGGACCCCUCUUCUGAUCGUUUCCUCGCUGAUUUCCUGCUUUUCAUGGACAUUCCUGAUUGUUUUAGAUGGGAUGUUGAUCUUUCAAAGGUCCAACCCUGCUGUGAUCUCAGCUUGGAGAAGAAAUGUAAACUAAUAUCUGGGAAGCUGCCGAAGGUAACUUCCGCAUUUCUUGAGAAAGCACUGACUUCGAUCACUGGGAAGGAUAAUGAGGAACAACUUAUGGCGGUUCCCACCCAAGAAGGUCUUAGUGAACAGAUGGUUUCUUGCCAUAUAUUUCAAGAACCAAAUUCUGUGAUUGGAUUUGAUGCGAUGUUACGAGCAAAUUCUACCCUUGAGGAUUUUUGCAGAUCAUACUUUAUGUUCCAUGGUAUGGAUGCCAACAGACCUGAACUGGUCUUCAGAUACCUCCCUUUCCUCUCUUUCACUGAGAGCUAUAUUUACCAGUUGGAUAGUUUCAAUGAAGGUAUUUUACAUCCAUGUUUCAAUAGAGUGCCUACUGCUGAGCAAGAUUUUGAAUUUCUCCACAAUUCAUAUAAGUUGGAGAUGCAGAAUAGUUAUCAAAAGGUGACAAGUUCAUUUCCCAAUGCUAUCAAUGGUGAUCGUUUUAGACCUCUUUCUCUUCUACUCGAGCAACAUGGACUUAUGAGUGACAGGUUACAGAUGGAGUUUAGUUGUGGUAAUGAGUAUUGGGCUUUGGAAAGGCGCUUGUGCACUGAUCUGAUAAACAAGAAAAAUAUUUCUAUUAAUGAUGUCAUGAGAGCUAUUCAUCUGAAGUCUUUUGACUAUCGAGUUUUGAACCUCUUGUUAUAUAGAUUGAGAAAUGAAGAGAUCAGUGAAAGCCACAUGGAAUUCCUCUCAGUGUCAGAGUUCCUGGUUGAAGUUUCAGAUGAUCUGUUCGAUUAUGAGGAUGAUGUGUUGGCAAAUAAUUUCAAUAUUUUACGCAUGUUUGUUGGAAUAUAUGGAGUUUCAAGGGCACCAAGUGAAUUGGCAAAAUAUAUCACUGAAACUGAAGAUCAGUUUGAAAAUCUAAAGAAAAAACUGGAUCUGGAACUUGCUUCAAAAUAUCAGAAGCGAUGUGAAGAAGCCACUAGUGAAGGUGGAAAGAAAUCAGGUCAUGCCUUGGGCACUUGGGUUAUACCACCGUUACCAUGGAGGGGACUAAAAAAGCUCCUGGAUCGGGAGCUGAAGAGCGGGGUGAGGGAGCCACAACAUUCUGCAGUCGAGGGAAUGAGUUCCGUGCAUGGGCAAAUGUAGGGAUCAAGUUCCAUAUUUGCAAAGGAGCAGAUCCCUUACGGAUGGGUUCGCAAUUCGGCAUGUUAGGAUCAAGGUUUCCAAAGUUCUAUUAUUUAUUGUAUUAUAAUAUGGGAGCGAGUUCUAUUUAAUAAGUGUCAAUGUAAAUAAGAAUCAUGUUAGUGAAAAUCUCAUGGACUUUUUGUUGUCAGUGGAGCAAGAUUUCACAAAUGAGUAGUGAGACUAGAAAACAAAUAUGGUGAUGUAAUACCUAUUAAAUCCUUGGGCACAAAGUGAACUGUGUCCUUGGCAGUCUCUCUCCCCCUUUAGCGCUCUCGUCAACUAGUGAAGAAUAAAUUCAUUGGAGACUUUUAUGGACUACUAUCCUGUCCAAAUUUUUUAGGGAAUAUUGUGGUCUAUCUUCCUCUCAACAUCGUCAAGGGAUGUACUCUCCCAACUCAUUUAUUGUAGGUGCACUGGUGCAAAAAAGGAGUAGAGGAAGCAUUUCUUAGAGGCAAUCUUGCACUUUCAGUGAAGGAACCCUUUCCAGCCGUUGACUUCAACACAAUUAAGCAAUAGAAGCCUUUCGGUAGGUGAAUUGGACUCAAUGACCUAACCCUAAGGAAGUUUAGCAUUUUUUUUGUGACCUAGCCCUAAGGAUGUUUAUUGUAUUUUUUGUGACCUCGUUCCUCAAUAGAACUACAAAACAACUAUCCUCUAUAUCUCAUCCCAA